GACCGAUGUAUUACAACGGAGUCUACCAUCUGUUCUACCAAUACAACCCAAAAGGCGCUGUCUGGGGCAACAUCGUGUGGGCCCACUCGGUCUCUCGGGACCUCGUGUCCUGGGAGCGCCUGGAAAACGCCAUCUACCCGUCCCGGACCUUCGACGCCUACGGCUGCUGGUCGGGCUCCGCUACCAUCGUCGCCGGAAAACCCGUCAUCCUCUACACCGGAAUCAUCGACGGCGCCAAUACCCAGGUCCAGAACUACGCCAUACCCGCCAACCUAUCCGACCCGUAUCUCCGGGUAUGGGUCAAACCCGACAACAACCCCCUCAUCAAACCCGACCCGUAUAUCAACAAGACCGCCUUCCGCGAUCCCACCACCGCCUGGAAGGCCGCCGACGGCCGGUGGCGCCUCUCCCUCGGCGGCCGGUGGGGCCACCGCGGCAUCGCCUAUUUGUACCGGAGUAAGGACUUCGUGCGGUGGCUCAAGGCAGAGCAACCGCUGCACACGACGGCCGGGACCGGGAAUUGGGAGUGCCCGGACUUUUUUCCGGUGGCGGUUUCCGGCGAGAGCGGUUUGGAUACUUCGGCUGCCGGGGCGCACGUGAGGCACGUGAUGAAGGUCAGCCUGGACGUAACGAGAUACGAGUAUUACACGAUUGGGAGUUAUGAAAAUGACAAAUAUACCCCUGGCAAGGAUAUGAUCGAUGGAUGGAAUGGCUUGAGGUAUGAUUAUGGAAACUUCUAUGCCUCCAAGACAUUCUUCGAUCCGAAAAAGAAUCGAAGAAUCUUGUGGGGUUGGGCGAACGAGUCGGAUAGCAUGGCCGAUGAUGUCGAAAAAGGUUGGGCCGGGAUUCAGCUAAUCCCGCGUAAGGUAUGGUUGGAUCCGAGUGGGAAGCAAUUGCUACAAUGGCCGGUCGAAGAAAUAAAAAAAUUGAGGGGAAAGAAGAUCGAGAUAAAGAAUAAAAAGCUCGAGAAAGGGAGAAUAAUCGAGAUAAAAAAUAUUACCUCCGCUCAAGCAGACGUCGAGGUGGUUUUUUCAUUUAAUAGUUUGGACAAAGCUGAACCGUUCGACCCAAAGUGGGAUCGAUACGACGCACAAAAGCUUUGCGGCAAGAAGGGCUCAACCGUACAUGGCGGAUUAGGACCGUUCGGACUUGCGACACUCGCGUCUAAAAAGCUCGAAGAGUUUACGCCGGUCUUCUUCCGCGUAUUCAAGGAUCAAUCGAAGCACAUUGUCCUCAUGUGCUCUGAUGCAUCGAGGUCAUCGUUGAAAGACGGGAAGGGAUCAUACCGGCCAUCGUUCGCCGGAUUCAUCGACGCCGAUUUGUCCAAGAAGAAGCUGUCCCUCCGGAGCUUGAUCGACAAUUCUGUGGUUGAGAGCUUUGGCGAAGGAGGAAAAACUUGCAUUUCGUCGAGGGUUUAUCCAACUCUUGCAGUGUACGAGAAUGCACAUUUAUAUGUAUUCAACAAUGGCUCAGAGAAUGUCCAGAUCGACACCCUUCGGGCAUGGUCCAUGAACAGACCUAAGAACAUGAACCAGUGAUCAACAAAUUAUUACACAAAAAAAUUAAAUUAAGUUAUUACACAAAAUAGAUAUUUGAUUUUCUUUUUGUUAUUUUUUUUUCUUUAUUUUAAGUUCUGAAUAAUUUGUAUUGGGCCCGAUGAUUAUAGCUACUGGGCCCAUUAAUUUUCGGGGUAUAUUACUUCGAGGAUAGGCCCGUAUUGAAGUCGGGGCUAUAAUUUUAUAUACAUUAAGGGUAUGUUCGUUUGUA